UCGGGCGCUGUAGCUGCUGCUACAGCCACAGAGAUCCUCUCUUGGGGAGUGUGGCUUCAGCCGUAGGUUGAUACCUGGAUAUCGCUGCCUCAAACAUCCUUGUCUCGAGAGAGAAACAGGAUUUGACACAUCCUUGUAUAGCUGAGUGAUACUUUACAUAGCACAGAAAUUCACAGGAGUGAAAAAAAUGGAAGAGACUUGACUAAAUUGCUACUGAAAAAGCUGUAGCGAAAUAUAAGGAAUGUGGAAUAACUUCAGUACUGGUGUACAAUGUAAAGUUUAGGUCUGAUAUCAGAUUCUUUUCAUAUGUUUUUUGACUGUACUGCUCUAUUGGCUGGAUUAGCAGCUUCAGUUAUUUCGAAAUGGAGGUCGAACGAUGCUUUCUCAUAUGGUUAUGUUCGAGCAGAAGUACUUGCUGGUUUUGUAAAUGGCUUAUUCCUCAUCUUUACAGCAUUCUUCAUUUUUUCAGAAGGUGUUGAGAGAGCACUUGAGCCUCCCGAUGUGCAUCAUGAGAGACUUCUUCCUGUUUCUAUACUGGGGUUCAUUGUAAAUCUGAUAGGAAUAUUUGUUUUUCAGCAUGGAGGUCACGGGCAUUCACACGGCUCUGGGCAUGAGCACAGCCAUUCUCUGUUUAAUGGUGGUCUCAGCCACGGGCACAGUCACAGAGAUCAUGGACACAGCCAUGAACAUAAACAUUCCCAUGGACACACUCAUGAUCAUGGCCAUGGACACUCUCAUGGUCAGGAUUAUUGUCAUGAUGACCAUUCUCUUGAAGUAAUGGCUGGAUCCAGCAAGCAGAUUUUACAAGGUGUAUUUCUGCACAUUGUGGCAGACACACUGGGAAGUAUUGGUGUAAUCAUAUCUGCGAUACUGAUGCAGAACUAUGGUCUAAUGAUAGCAGAUCCUAUUUGUUCAAUGCUGAUAGCACUACUUAUAGGUGUAAGUAUUGUUCCACUUUUAAAGGAGUCCAUUGGGAUUUUGAUGCAGCGGACUCCUCCUUCCUUGGAAAAUGCCCUGCCUCAGUGCUACCAGAGGGUGCAGCAGUUGCAAGGAGUCUACAGUUUACAUGAUCCACAUUUCUGGACCCUCUGUACUGAUGUUUACAUAGGGACUUUGAAGUUACUAGUAGCUCCUGAUGCUGAUGGAAGGUGGAUUCUAAGCCAGACUCACAAUAUUUUUACUCAGGCGGGAGUAAGGCAGCUUUACAUACAGAUUGAUGUUGCAGCCAUGUAGUCAGUUUCUGGAAUGGUGCUGUUGGACCAAAGUUUUCAGUACUGUACUGGUGUAGCAACACUUCUUGAGACAGAGCCUGCCUCCACCACGUCUGGAAUUGACUGAAUAGAUUUCUGCCCUUGGGCUAUGGAGGAAGUUCACUUCUAAGGAGUAAAUAUUGAAUGAAUGUCAUGGACUUUGGGUCUUGUUUUUUUUUGGGGGCCCCUAAACUUGUACGUUUUUGAGGGUUUUUUACUUAAUAAGAUUGUGGUACUGGAAACCCUGUCAUGUCUUCAGUAAAGCUGCUGAAACUACUGCUCAUUCCCAUAAAACCAGUGUUAUUGGCAAUUGGAAACUUGUUUUGUAGACAAUGUCACAAUGGCUGACAUGCUUCAAUAUAAUUGUAUGUUUGUACAAUUGUUUGUACUUUGCAAACUUAAUGAACCAAACCAUAUUGGGUUUUCAAAGUGCCUUUUAUAUCAGGAGAGCUAUUUGCCAGCAUAAAUAUGGAGCAUCAAAGGGUUUUACUACUUUUACAAAUAAUCUUGUAUGCAGUCUGAUUAUUUACUAGUGAUGUAUGUGGGGGGGUUGUGUACUUACAUAACUGUAGAUGUUAGACUUCCAUUAUAUUUGCAUCUUACCAGACAGAAAAAUUCUAAAUGUAAAAGACAAAGUUGUUGUGAAGAGACUUGCUUCUGAGACAAGCUGGGUAUUUUGUUGCACGUCUUGUCAAAAUUAUUUUAGUACAAAUAUUAGAUUUAACUCCAAUUCUUAGUCUCUUCAUACUGUUGAGAGUAAUGAGACAUUGCAUGAUGUUGCUAAUGUUCAGUCACUUAAACAAUGGGCAGUUGAAGGAAGAUGCUGGUGAUGGAAGCAAUGCUUGAAGUUUUUUAUUUUCCAAAUCAUGUGGUGGAAAAAAACUAAAUCCUGAACUUGUGGAAGGUUAAGUCUCCUUGAUUUUAAUAGGUUGUUAUAAUUUUUAUUAAAGUGAUGAAGUUCAAAUUUUGCCUUUCCAAA